GUGUGUGUGUGUGUGUGUGUGUGUGUGCCUGCAGCAGACCACAUUUUGUCCUCCAGAUGUGAGGGGUUUGUGCGGUGCAUCAUCCCGCCGCUAGAUGAAGCUGAAGCACAGAAACGAGACUGCAUUUCUGUAUUCUCUCUCUCUCUCUAUUUUUUUUUUCUUUAGUUCCAGCUGCCCUAGUUUUGAAGUGGCCUUAAGUUAACUGCUCCAAAGUUUGACUCACUAUUUAUUUAUUUUGGGAUUAGAGUUAGUGAAAUUGGACUGAAUUAUCUGUACUCUGUUUCAGUUUUGCAGUUUUCCUCUUGAUGGAGAUUUUAAAAAAUGUAGCCUUCGGGUAAUAAAAUGCGCGAUGUAGCCUUGUUUAACCGGGAUGGUGAGGAAAGUAAAAUCAGGAAGCUUCUCAGGAGUGAGUGAAUUAUGGUGCACAGAUGUUAACAGGCGGCUGAAGGCUUUCAAACGGAUUGUCUCUUCAGAGAGCAAAGACAAAGACCUGCAGCAGUCCCCAACAACUGGAUCGGUCCUAAUUAGUGUGAGUGUGUGUGUGUGUGUGUGUGUGUGAGAGAGAGAGAGAGAGAGAGAGAGAGACUCCAGUGAAGCUGAACCAUCGCAGCGCUCUCUACAGCUCACAGACUUUCUAGCCAUGCAUCGCCGUCCACUUCUGUCUGGAUCUUUAACUUUGCGCGCUUGAGAUGUUGCCAAAUGUACUGGUUUUGAUGUGCAUGCUGGGUCUGCAGCUGCGGCACUGCGCGGCUGACCUGUGCAACUGGACUGGAAGCGGUUUUGCAGCUGGUGUGGACUCCAGGAUCGUACUGCAGGUGCGGCUGCGCUGCACAGAGGGCUCGGUGAGGUGGUUAUACCCAGGCCAGGCUCUCCGGGUGGUCCUGGAACCCAACUUGUCCUCCGCCCGACGCACCACCAUCUGCAUCAAACCGUCUCCCUCCUUCCGCGGAGCCAGCGUGUUCAUUGAGCGGGCGGGGGAGCUGGAGCUGCUGGUGACGGACGGCGAGCGGCCCGAGCAGCAGGUGUUCUGCUUCCGGGCAGACGGUCCGCACAGGCCCGCCAUCUACCUCCAGUCCGGCCCGCAGAGUGAUGGCGUCUGGAGCAAACGCAUGAUGGGCUUCAGAUAUGAGCUGCUGGCCAACAGGAGCGCCGCACCCAACCUGGGCCACAGUGGGCUUCAGACUUCAUGCCGACCCUGUAAUGAUACAGAACUCCUGAUGGCCGUCUGCAACAGCGACUUCGUGGUCAGAGGCUCCAUCAAGAACAUCUCCCACGACUCUGCACGUCAGACAUCGUUGGUGGAGGUAUCAGCAGCGAGGGUGUACUGGCAGCGCAGCAGAGUGUUUGAGCAACCAGCAACUUCUGGGUCCUCUGGACUCGUCCCAUCUUGGCGUGGGCACAUCCACACACUUCUGCAGUGUCACGUGAAGCCUGGGGAUGGGGAGUUUCUCUUCACGGGGUCAGAACACUUUGGGGAAGCUUGGCUAGGGUGUGCCCCGCGAUACAAAGACUUCCUGUCUGUCUACCAGACUGCUUGGGCGGCACGUCGGAAUUCCUGUGACUUCCCUUUAGACUGAGGAAGUGCGUUGUUUUAUCACCGCUGAGCCCUGCCAGCCUCUGUCCACAGGCCUCCUAACCCCUGUACUGGCACUGUGGGAUCCCUGUAAUGUUGCCAUGUGCCAGCAAGGUGGCAUCCAGCAGGGAUGAAGCUGUUGAAUUGCUGGUAAAAAGACACAUUUGGAGGCACAGAACAGGAGCAAACAGCAGGGCCUCCCGCACUGAGGCUCAGAGAGGGCCGGCCUUUGUCCCUCUCCCAUCGCUGCCCUCAGUCCUGGGAGACUAAGAAGGGGUUGGGUUGCUGCUCUUUCUUUGUGCUGCUCCCAGCAUCAACCAUCGUUCACUUUGCUGGCUCUGUGUGACAAUUACCCUCUGAACUGAGUUAGGAGGGAAGACCGAAGCACAGCCAUUUGUGAUCGGCAGCUUGUCUUGGUGAAAAGGCUUGUACGCAUGAGAUUGUGAAGUUAUUUUUAUUCUGACUCACCUGUGUUAAAGUUUAAUACCCUCCAUGCUUUGUCUAUUUAUAACUUCUAAUGUGUUGUACUCCUCACAUGACCUUUGAAUUAAAUGUAUUUGUACUUAGAAUGCAAAAUAAAUCCUUUCAAGGCUCCG